AUGUCAGUGAAAAACACCAGCCUAUUCCUAGGCCGGCCUAAAAAGAUCCUAAGCGCACACGGCGUAUGGCCUCACCCAAACAACUUCGUCAUUCUUCGGAAGCUUUACAUGCUUUUCGUCAUGUGGACACAAUACUCCUUCCUUCUGUUUGAAAUCAUCUAUAUAGCGGAUGUGUGGGGAGAUAUCGACGCGGUGUCCGAAGCCUCUUACUUGCUUUUCACUCAGGCUUCCCUGUGUUACAAGUCCACUGCUUUUAUGGUCAACAAACAGAGUUUGUUAGAACUGCUGGAGAUUAUGGACUGCGAAAUAUUUGAGCCUAAAUCUGCUGAGCAUGAGAAAAUUUUAGCAGCACAAGCUCGCAAGAUAAAGCGCCUCUGCUUGUUCUUCCUGACUAGUGCCACGACCACCUGCACUCUGUGGGCCAUGAUACCGCUGUUUGACGCUGCCAGCAAACGAUCAUUUCCUUUUAGAAUUUGGAUGCCAGUAACUCCACUGAAGUCACCAGACUACGAGCUAGGCUACCUGUACCAGAUGGUGAGCAUCUACAUCAGCGCGUUCCUCUUUAUAUCAGUGGACAGCGUCGCCGUCUCCAUGAUCAUGUUCGGCUGUGCACAACUGGAGAUCAUCAUGGACAAGAUUCAGAAGAUAAAAUACGUGUUUGAGUCUGCCGACUCAGAGGAAGGUCGUCGGAAUAUAAUCAAGACGAACAAUGAAUUUCUUGUAGAAUGUAUCAAGCAGCAUCAGACAGUCGAAAGGUUCAUCCAGCUGUGUGAGGACACAUACCACGCGAACAUUUUCUUCCAACUGACAGGCACCGUUGCUAUCAUAUGCAACAUAGGAUUGAGGAUCUCUAUUGUGGAACCGAACAGCGUGCAGUUCUUCUCGAUGCUGAACUACAUGGUGACCAUGUUGUCCCAACUGUUCCUCUACUGUUGGUGUGGCCACGAGCUUACCAUACGGAGUGAAAAUCUCCGGGAAUGGCUGUACCAGUGCCCGUGGUAUGAGCAGGACACAAAGUUCAAACGCGCUCUGUUCAUAGCGAUGGAGCGAAUGAAGAAACCUAUUAUUUUCAAAGCGGGCCACUACAUAUCGCUGUCUCGGCCUACUUUUGUAGCGAUUUUACGGUGCUCCUAUUCUUACUUCGCAGUCCUAAACCGGGUGAACACAUAA